AUGCAGGCAUUCAAGACGUCCCUCCCCAAUGGUGCAACUCUAUCGGGCCACCGCUGCGAUCCAGAGACGUCGAGUCCGGCCUACGCGGCCUUAGACGACAGCAGGCGGCCUUUACUUGUGGCCAUCCAUGGGGGUACCUACAGCUCAACCUAUUUCGACGCUGAUACCAAACAUACUGCGGUUCUAUGCAGCAAGGGCCUCGGCGUGCCGGUAGUCGCCAUCGACCGCCCUCUGUACCAAGAGACAUCCUCAUUCUACCCCAUCCCGGAGGGCAAGACUUACCACGAGGGACUGGCUGUCCACCUCCACAAGCACAUCCUGCCCACCAUUUGGAGGGAGUACGGCCAGGGCUGUGGGAGCAUGGUGCUCGACUGCCACAGCCUGGCGGUGCCCAGCGCGGUCAUGUUGGCGGGGUGGCAUGCCCAGGACCGGGCCCGGGGAGACACCCCGGCGUACCCGCUCUCCAGCCUGAUCCUAUCCGGGUUCGGCAGCCAGAACACGUCCACCAUCGUCGAGCAGAGAAAAGAUGCCCCGGAGUACGUCGAAAUGCCACCCGAAGUCAAGGACAAUCAGAUGUUCGAGCAGGGGACCGUGGAUCCGGCCAUCUACAAGCAGAGCGAGAGGCUGAACAACCGCAUGCCGUACGCCGAGCUGGGCGACUACGAGGCGGUCUGGGCUGGGGACAAGUGGCGGGCCCUCUGCGGCGCGGUCGAGGUCCCGGUCAUGAUCGGGAUUGCGGAGAGGGACGCGCUGUGGUCCGGCACGGAGGAGCACGUCAGGGAGUUUGCGGGUGGGUUCAGCAGCAGCGAGAGGGUCGACGCGAGCUUGAUCAGGGGCGCGCCGCAUUGCAUCGAGUUGAGCUACUGGGCUCAGGGCUGGUAUGCGAGAUGUUUUGGCUGGGCCCUGGAGUGUGCUGCUGCACAUGCUGCAAAGGAGCUCACGAUCUAG